AUGGAAUCAACAAAGACGUACUUUUGGACUUUAAGUAUUGAAUGUCCUCUCAAUUCAAUUAAUGAUAAGCUUGAUCAUUCAGUCUACGAUAUAGAGAAAAAUUACAACAACGUAUCUGUCAAUAUUUUAUAAUAGAAAAAGUGAAGAGGUUAUUUAAUUGGUAUACGAAUAACAAGUUACAAAUAUACAACAAGAACUGCAUAGUAAGGGAUAAUUAUGAAUGCCUUCUUGAAUUUUUGAGAAGAUACAGAUGUAACUAUAUAAUAUUCUAUUUUAGAAAAUAAUGAAAUUUAAAUAUUCAAGAGCAUAGUAAUCAGAAGAGUUAACGCCUAAUGAUUUUUGAAGUAAUCUAAAUGAAGAGAAUAAUUUGAUCACCGAUAAUUCUAUUUUUUAUUCAAUUAUUAUGAUAUUGGAG